UACCGUUCUUAGGAUUUACUCAGUUCACAUCUAUGGAUCUGCCACUCCAAUUUUUUUUAAGGCUAUAUGGGUUAGGAUAAGACGUCAUUGGUUUUUGGUUAUAAAAAAAUUGAUCAGUUGAUUACAAGAAGCGAUCUGUGGAGUUCUACACACAAUGAAGAAAAGUAGUGAUCAAUCCAGGAAUGAAUGCUUAAUAAGUGAAGUGCUUCCAAAAUGCAGAACUACAACAGAUCAUACGAACUUUCCUUACCGCAAUUCUUUAUUCGCUACAUCAAAACAGUCAAACAUAAUUAUUAAAAACAACCCUGGAACAAGUAAUUUUUGUAGAGAUCAAAAGGUCAAGAAAAACAGAAGAAAAGAAAGGGUGCCAAAAGGAAUAAAAAUGAAAAUUGAAUGUUCAAAUGAAAAUCAGAGUACAGGUUCAAAAGAAACACUUUCUGAGAUAUCUAAAUGCACUUUUCAUAUACACCCUGUUAGGAGGCCAAAAUUUUGUAUGUUCAGAAAAAGAAAUACAAAACAUAAAUACAUAAAUUUGAAGUCUUUUGCAGUUAGCUGCAAAACAUAUAUAUUUGAAUCUAAUAUUCUUCAUUUAGGAAACAAUUUGGAUAAGUUGGGUGUGGAAAAUAUGCAUAAAGAAGUGAGCAAAAAGAUAAGAUGUGUUAGAGAUGUCAGCAAUGUAAGUUAUAAUUCAGAAUCCAUUAAAAAUAAACAUUUGAAUGGUAAUGAAUUGAUUAAGACAAUGUCAUCAUUAAAAAACAGUUUAUCCAUGUUAAAAGUGAAGGACAAUUCUUCUGAAAAAAAGAAAAAAUUAAAUAAGGGGACAAGGCGUGUGGAGAGAAAGAUCCUGAAAAAACCUACUACAACCACUAAGUUUCCAGAAUAUAUCUCUGAGGUUGAAGCAAUACAAGGUUUAAAAUUGGGCAAAUUUAUCAAGGGAUAUUUAAGAAUAAAUCCAAAAUGUUCACGUGAUUCCUAUGUGAGCAAUGAAAAUAGUUCAUUGCAGGAUUAUUAUAUAACAUCUGUAGCUGAUCGAAAUAGGGCUUUGGAUGGGGAUGAAGUUGUCUUAGCCUUGAAAUCUGAAACAGAGUGGUUGGAUGGUAAAAAAACUGCUGUUGUAGUUUAUAUAUUACAAAUGGUACAUCCUAGGACAGGAGUAGGAAGCUUAAGCCUAGCUGAAGGCAAGAACAAUGAAUUUGCUUUGUUUCAACCUAGGGAUAAAAGAUUGCCAUUUAUGUCGAUACCAAUGAUUUCUUGGCCCGAUGGGUUUAAAACAAACCCCAAGUUAUAUGAGAAUAUCCUGUUUGUAGCCAAAUUGGUGGAUUGGCCCCAGCCUUCUAAUGCAAAAGGAAUAAUUAUUGAAUCAAUUGGUAUGAUUGGAGAGCUAAAAUGUGAAACACAGGCUAUACUUAAAGAGUUUUGUUUGGAUACUGCACAAUUUCACCCAGAUAUGGUGCAAUUUAUUCCAAAGUCAAAAGAUAUUCCUCAAAGUGAAUUAAGUUGCCGAGAAGAUCUUAGAAAGGAAUGUGUGUUUACAAUAGAUCCAUUCACUGCUAAAGACUUGGAUGAUGCUUUGUCAGUAAAAAAACUGGAUAAUGGUCAUUAUGAAGUGGGGGUUCACAUAUCUGAUGCAUCUUACUAUUUGCCAGAAGGCACAGAACUGGACAAAAUUGUAGGGGCAAAGGGUACCACUAUUUACUUAGUGGACAAUGUCUAUCACAUGUUACCAGUUGAAUUAUGUUUGCACUGUUCAUUAUUGCCUGGGGAAGAUAAAUUAGCCUUUUCAGUUUUCUGGGAGAUGAGCGAAGAAGGUGAAGUUUUUAACACCAGGUUUGCUAGGACAGUGGUGAAUUCGUGUACCCAGUUAGCAUACGAGCAUGCCCAGUGCAUGAUUGAAUUUCCCGAUAGAAAGUGCGAGGACGACGAAUUUCCCGAUAUUUACAACGGAUUUACGUCAAAAGAUAUCUCAGCCAAAGUGAAUAUUUUGCAGAAGAUCGCCGUCGAGUUACGCGAGGCUAGAAUAAGGAAUGGAUCACUUCGAAUAGAUCAAGUCAAGCUAUUGUUCAGCCUAAAUCCGAAAACGGGCGAGCCGUUGGACUUUAAAAUAUAUGAAAACAAGGAAUCCCAUAGGAUGAUAGAAGAGUUUAUGCUUUUGGCGAACAUUUCAGUAGCGAAAAAAAUCCACCAGACUUUUCCCGACAUUGCUUUUUUGAGAUGCCACGAACCGCCAAAGAACACCAUGUUGCUCGAGGCCCAAAGGACAUUAGAAACGUGCGGCAUUCACAUUAACGUCUCAUCCUCGGGCAGUAUACACGCGUCCCUUAAAAAAUACAUAACAAACGAUUUCACAGGAUACUGUCGCGGUAUUGUCUUGCACCAUAUCUUCACAAAACCGAUGACCCGGGCGAGGUACUUUUGUGCCGGGGCAAUGGAGUCUGAAGAGAAUUUUGCUCACUACGCUCUAAGUUUACCUAUUUAUACACACUUUACAUCGCCAAUUAGAAGAUAUGCGGACAUAAUGGUCCAUAGGUUAUUGGCAGCUAGUUUGGGUUAUGCGAAAAAGCCAGGAUGGAAGGCGGACGACGUCUGCGCCAUAGCCGCCAAUUGCAAUAAACAAAAAUACAACGCCAAAAGAGCUGGCGAGGCGAGCAGCGACCUCUACUUGUGUCAUUUUAUAGAGCAGCAUCAACCUUACAUUCAAGACUGUGUAGUUAUAGACGUGAAGGAUCGAUCGUUUGAUGCCAUCGUCCUUAACACUGGCAGCAUUGUUAGAAUUUAUCAAAAGGCCUGUCAGGAUUCGCCAUCAUGGAAAGUUGAAGCUGUACCCGUAAGUAACGACCCCGAGCAACAAAAAUUGGAAUCAGCAAAAAAAAUAUUGAAAUUGACACUGACUUUUCCAAAAAGUGCAGGUCUAGCGGCACAGACACUGAUAGUGGAAAUGUUUACAAUCGUUAAAGUUGAACUAAAAAGGCACCCAAAUUCUUACAAAUUGGACGCACAUUUGCUAAGGCCUAUUGCAUCUAAGACCUUUGCUAACAAAAACUAGUAAAGAAUUUUUAAAAUGAAUUACUCAAAAUAUCAAGUUUAAGGUGCAUUUAUGUAAAUUCUACAUUUUCUGGUGAACCUUAUUAUGAUUUUAAAAGGGGAAAUUACAUACCUGUAGACAUAAAUAUAUACUAAAUUGUUUCCUUAUAUUGCACAGACUUCUACAAAUUGUAAACGGAUCUACAUUUUUUAACCUUUAUACGAUGUUCAAAAAACCAAAUAAAAUAAAUAAAAUUUGACG